UCACCUCCCCCUUUGGCUCUGGCUGUCGUCUCCUUUAUAAAGCCUGGCUCUCUUAUCACCCCCACCUGCCCCUCGAUGCCGCUGCCAGCUCUGGGCUCCAUGGACUGGUUCCAUCUGAGGUGCCCUUGACCGUCCCUGCCCCCACCCACCCCGGAUCCCGGCAAUGCUAACCGCUGUCUGUGGCUCUCUGGGCAGCCAGCACACCGACGCGCCUCACGCCUCUCCACCGCGCCUCGACCUGCAGCCUCUCCAAACAUACCAGGGCCACACGAGCCCCGAGGCUGGGGACUACCCUUCCCCACUGCAGCCUGGAGAGCUGCAGAGCCUCCCGCUGGGCCCGGAGGUCGACUUCUCUCAGGGAUAUGAGCUGCCGGGGGCCUCCUCGCGGGUAACCUGCGAGGAUCUGGAAAGCGACAGUCCCUUGGCCCCGGGACCCUUUUCCAAGCUCUUGCAGCCGGACAUGUCACACCAUUACGAAUCGUGGUUCCGGCCGACGCACCCAAGCACAGAGGAUGGUUCCUGGUGGGACCUUCAUCCGGGCACCAGCUGGAUGGACCUCCCCCACACUCAGGGCGCAUUGGCCUCACCCGGCCACCCGGGGGCGCUUCAGGCUGGCUUGGGGGGCUAUGUCGGAGACCACCAGCUUUGUGCGCCGCCGCCCCAUCCGCACCCUCACCAUCUCCUCCCAGCUGCUGGAGCGCAGCACCUUCUGGGGCCACCCGACGGGGCUAAGGCCUUGGAAGCGGCUGCGCCAGAGUCCCAAGGGCUGGAUUCCAGUCUGGAUGCGGCUGCCCGGCCCAAAGGCUCCCGGCGGUCGGUGCCCCGCAGCUCAGGUCAGACGGUGUGUCGCUGUCCCAACUGUCUGGAGGCCGAGCGAUUGGGGGCUCCAUGCGGUCCGGAUGGGAGCAAGAAGAAGCAUUUGCACAAUUGCCAUAUUCCAGGCUGCGGAAAGGCCUAUGCCAAGACGUCGCACCUGAAGGCGCAUCUGCGCUGGCACAGCGGCGACCGUCCCUUCGUGUGCAAUUGGCUCUUUUGUGGCAAGCGCUUCACGCGCUCGGAUGAGCUUCAGCGCCACCUCCAGACCCACACUGGAACCAAGAAGUUCCCCUGUGCGGUCUGCAGCAGAGUCUUCAUGCGCAGCGACCACCUGGCCAAGCACAUGAAAACCCACGAGGGCGCCAAAGAGGAGGCUGCGGGAGCGGCCCCGGGAGAGGCCAAGGCCGGAGGUGCAGUGGAGCCCCCAGGGGGCAAAGGCAAACGAGAGUCUGAGGGCAGUUCGGCCCCCUCCAACUGAAGCCCUCUGGUGCCGCCUCCCUGCCGGUGUCCCUGGGACAUCGGAAGAGAGCACCUAGGUCUGACGUCCUAGUGGGCGGCUUGAUUAAGAGGGGAAGGUGGUUAUUUAUUGAGGAGGAGGAAAAGUGGUGCGGGGACUGGGAGACAGGCGGUAGGGGUUUUUUGGUCUCUGGGGGCUGGACUGGUCGCCUUGGACUGUUUUAGGCUGCAAGGAGCUGCACAUGCCCCUCGGUUCUUCCCUUCCUCACUAUUUUACUGGUCCCUGGGCCAGGGGUUGGGCUGGAAUGGGGCACCCCUUGCUGCAUCUAGGGGUGGAGGGGACCGGCUGGAGGAGA